UCUUUUACUAUUGUCUUACCUACUUAGCAAGAAAUCAAUAUGAUGCGAAAGAAGAAAGUUCUCAUGGUUUGUUUAGGGAAUAGUUGUCGCUCCCCUAUGGCGGAAGCGGUGUUUCGGGAUCAAAUCCGAAAAAUGGAUUUGAUACAUUUCUGGGAGGUCGAAAGCGCCGCUAUUCUGGAUUAUCACGUAGGCAAUGAUCCUGAACCUAGAGCGACAGCCACACUUCAGAAAGCUGGAAUUACGGAUUACUCUCAUAUUGCAAGAAAAAUCACGAUCGACGAUUUUUACAAAUUCGACUGGAUACUCGGAAUGGACGAAUAUAUUAUCGAAGAAUUGUAUGAAAAACAACCGGAAGGUAGCCAAGCAAAGAUAGAACUACUUGGGAAAUACGAUCCAUCUGGAGCAGUUAUCAUAAGAGAUCCUCUCUUUGAUGUUGGUAAUGCCGGAUUUGAGAGAGCAUUUCAGCAAGCUUUGAGAAGCGUACGCGCAUUCUUGGAAUUUCACAAAGUUAAUAUGCUCGACAAAUCAUAAUAAAGAUGUUAAAAAUUUUUAUUUUAGAAAUAUUGAAAAUGAGAAAAGAAAUUAGGAAUUAAAUUUUACUUAAUUUAUUCAGCUUAUACAGGGUGUCCCAUAAUUCAUCCUUGCCAGGCCAUCCCCAUUCCCCGCGUGCCGAACAAGUAAUAGGCGUACACUUAAUAAUAGUAGGCCGCGCGGACGCGCGUAUUCGGUGAUCUUUAGAG